AUGCAGCCAUCGGGUGCUGAUGUCGUGCAGAACAAACUUUUGAGGCCUCCUUUUUCUUUACACGUACCAAUAUCAGCCAAUUCCUAUGGCCAUGCUGGUCAAAAUCUCACUGCGAAUGGGCCACUAUUGCCGCUAAAGAAUCUUGCUGGUGGUGUCCCCCAAGAUCCCAUUCGAAAUAGCCCCAUGACACCACCAGGGGAUGCUACUGGCGGUAUUCGUCAAGAUUUUAUUGCAAGUGGCGAUGAAGUAUCGCCUACUGGUAAUAUCCAGUCGCAGGAAAAACAAAGCACAUCCACAGCUGCUAUAUCUUCUGUCUUGCCGGUGAGCUUGCCAACUAUUUUCCGGGAUAAAGAUCACCGGGUAUUUUUGGUUUCAGAGGAUCUAGAGGCAUAUUUAAAGCAGGAUUUGGACCAUGCCCGGCUCAACAGGAUACAUGGGCUCCUCUGGAUGGCCGGGAGACCUCUAAAUGCCAGGCCAUUACAACGACAGAAGAUGAUGGGUUUCGAUAUUCUCCUGACAGAGCAAGCGGACCUCCACCUUCUCAAGUUCUCAAAUAAGAUGUUUGUCAAGCCGCUUCCGGAGUAUAUGCUGCACAUUAUGUUCUGGAACACUUAUCUCUGCAAAUCGGAAGAGCUUUAUGAAUCCGCUUGUGGAAUACUGUUGUCAUAUAUUUGGUUAAUCUGCUCUCCUCUCGACCUGAAAUUGGCUCAUAAUUUAGAUCUUCUCCCGCAUGAGAUAACGUGGAUCUGGUGGAAGAGUUUUGUGGCAGACUUUCUUUCAAAUAUUGAUGCAAACACGCUCGACCAGGUCAACAAACGCUACCACUUUGGCGAGCUGCGACUAGGAAGAAUCAAUUCCAUAUACAGGAUUCGAUUUUUCUUCACGCACUUCAUUCGCGGCUAUUUAUAUGGCUAUAACCGCUAUGCAGUCUUCUUCCAGAGGAAUUUUGCCUGGAUGCUCAUCAUAUUGGUUUAUUUCUCCCUCGUGCUCACGGCGAUGCAGGUCGGCGCUACUGUACCGCCACUGAGCACGAACCACAUGUUUCAGCGGGCUUCUUAUGGCUUCGCGGUCUUCUCGAUGGCAACCGUCGCAGCAGUCGUGUGUUUUGUGGGAUUUUUAUUCGUCACAAUAUUUUUUACAAAUAUGGUCCUGGCUAUCUCGCACGAGAAGAAGAAGAGGAGAGACCGGAAAUUUCUUGCUCAAGAGAGUAGGUAG